UCUAUCUAUCUAGUGACUAUUCAUCUUCAAUCUUCUUCAACUCCUUCUUCUCUUCUUCCAGUGAUGAUGAAGAUGAAGAUGCCCCAUUAUUACUACUCAUUGUGUGCAAUGUUGCUUCUUGUGAUUUCAGGCACCACUGUGGUCACAGCCACAGACCACAUUGUUGGUGCAAACCGUGGCUGGAACCCUGGCAUGAACUACACUCUUUGGGCCAAUAACCACACUUUCUAUGUUGGUGACCUCAUUUCAUUUAGGUACCAGAAGACACAGUACAAUGUGUUUGAAGUGAACCAAACUGGGUAUGAUAACUGCACUACAGAUAGUGCUGUUGGGAAUUGGAGCAGUGGCAAGGAUUUCAUACCCUUAAACAAGGCCAAGAGAUACUACUUUAUUUGUGGCAAUGGCCAAUGUUUCAAUGGGAUGAAGGUCUCUGUUCUUGUUCAUCCUCUUCCGCCUCCUCCUUCGGCCGCCGUGGCGGCCGAACAUUCAACAAAGUCAGCUUCUCCUCCUCCUGGGCUCUUGGAUUGGGGACUCUACUCUUUAAUGGUGUCUAUUGUUUUACAUUUUUAUUUCGGUUUAGAUCGGAUUGGAUUGGUUAGUUAAUUAAUUUGUCAAGCAUAAACAUUAUUGUUAGUUCGGUUUGUCCUUAAUUUCCUAUCAAAUCAGAACUUUAUGAUGUUGUGAUUACAAUGAUAUUCACUCAAUGGAUAUCAUGACUUUUGUUAG